AUGGAGACACGACUCGACCGGCUAAUGCGAGCUGCAGAGAUAGCGGACGCUGCGCAGCAGCAGCUUUUGGUGGUGGAGGCCCAGCUGGCAGGCCUUGGAGGUCAGCAGAAGGGGAAAGUGAAGAAGGUGUUAGGACAUUUCGCUUGUGCCUCAAGCCGGUCGCUGGCCUGUGCCGUCCUUGCUGCGUGGCGAGGAUCACUAGAACAAACUAAGGCAGACAAAGCGCUGCGAGAUAUGUACGAGGAGCAGAUAGCCGAUGCAGAGCGGCACCUUCUCAGAAUGAAGGCGAGCUGCAAAGCGUUGGCGAAAGACAAUGUCGAUCACAUGGCAAAGGCCCGUGAGCAAGUUCUUCUUCAGCAGUGGCUGCUGCUCUGGCAGCGUGAGGUGGGUGCAGUGAAGUGCGACAGAAUGGCGCAGGAGCAGGUGCAGCAAGUCCUGGGAAGGGUCUACGCCACGGCCAAGAAGCAGGCGAGCCACACGACUCGCGUGAUGACACGGCAAGCGCGGGAACAACAAGCAGCCCUCCUGGGAGAAACAUGGGCUCUGUGGCUCUGCUUUGUGUCCGAUUGCCGAAAGGAGACUGGAGGGGAGUGGGGUUCUGCCGCACUGUCAUGCUGGGCGUACUUGUACCGAGUUCAUGAAGACCCUUGGAGCUGCCGCCGUGGGACUGAGGCGUUGCGCCGAGCUUGGGCUCCGCUUGGCUUCGGAUGA